AUGUCACACCUCACCAACCCGCUCGCUACGACGGAGCAGCUCCUGCUGCGCCCGUCGCUGUCGUCGGUGCCACAGGACCUGCAGGAGUCAGUCUUUGUCGCGACGCAAUGCCUGACCCAAGCCGCCGGCCAGCUGCUGCGCGCCCCGCAGGCCGUGGCGGCGCAAGCCAACGUGCUCCUCGCGCGGUACUGGCUGGUGGACUCGAUCAUGGCCCACGAGUUCAGCGACGUCUCCGCUGCCGUCGUCUAUCUCGUGUGCAAGAUGGGACCAAAGCCGCGCUCCCCGCGAGACGUCGCCAACGUCUACAGUUACCUGCUGUCGGCCGGCUCGACCCUGUUUCGCACCGGCGAGCCGCCCGCGGACGACCCAAAGUCAUACUACCAAAGCGAAACCGACUACCUGGCGUUUUCGAACCGCAUCAUGGCAAUCGAGGCGCGCAUUCUCUACUCGCUGUCCUUUGACACGCACGUUGCGCUGCCGCAUCCUCUAGCCAUCACGUACCUGCAGACGCUCGAGUUCUUGUCGCGUCCGGGGUCGGAGGCGUCGUCACGCGUAGUGCAGUACCUCAACACGGCCCUGCUUUCGCCGCAGAUGCUUUACCUGACGCAUCAGCCGCACGCCCUGGCGGUGGCCGCCAUAUACAAUGCGGCCCGUGACCUGGACGCGAAGACGCCUGAGGCGGAGUGGUGGGAGGUGUUCGACGUGGACCGCGAGGAGCUUGGGUUCCUGGUAGUGGCGAUGCGCAGCCUGGAGGGAUGGCUCCGCCAGCGCAAGGACGAUCUGCCCGUGUUUCGGGAGAGGAUGCUGACGCGCCAAGAUGUGGAAGAUGCAAUGCGGAAGCGCGGCCUGGCCGUGACCAAUGGGGUCAACCAGGCCGAGGAAGAGGCUGAGGCGAUGAUGAUGCUGGACGCACGUCAGUCGGCCUAA